GCGGGGCCGGACAGACUAGGCGAUGGGGGCGAAGUGAGCAGGCUCAAAGUUCCAGACGAUACCUACCCCCCGCCCCGGUGGCCUCCAGUCGCGCCGCGAAGAGUGUCCUGAGCAGCGCCAGCGGGCGUUAGAGGCGGACGCCAUGGCCACAAGCUUCCGGGCAAGCGAGCAUCAGCAUAUCCGCUACAACCCGCUACUAGAUGAGUGGGUGCUGGUGUCAGCGCACCGCAUGAAGCGUCCCUGGCAGGGGCAGGUCGAGCCCCCGCCUCUGACGACAGUACCCCGACAUGACCUCCACAACCCUCUCUGUCCGGGGGCCACACGGGCCAAUGGAGAGGUGAAUCCUGACUAUGAAGGCACCUUCGUGUUUGACAAUGACUUCCCAGCUCUGCAGCCGGAUGCCCCUAGUCCAGGACCCAGUGAUCACCCCCUUUUCCAAGCAGAGGCUGCUCGAGGAGUUUGUAAGGUCAUGUGCUUCCACCCCUGGUCGGAUGUGACACUGCCACUCAUGUCAGUCCCCGAGAUCCGAGCUGUCGUUGAUGCGUGGGCCUCAGUGACAGAGGAACUGGGUGCCCAGUACCCUUGGGUGCAGAUCUUUGAAAACAAAGGAGCCAUGAUGGGCUGUUCUAACCCCCAUCCCCACUGCCAGGUGUGGGCCAGCAGCUUCCUGCCAGAUGUUGCCCAGCGUGAGGAGCGAUGUCAGCGAGCCUAUCAGAAUCAGCAUGGAGAACCCCUGCUCAUGGAGUACGGCCGCCAGGAGCUGCUCAGGAAGGAACGUCUGGUCCUAACUAGUGAGCACUGGUUAGUGCUAGUCCCCUUCUGGGCAGUGUGGCCCUUCCAGACACUACUGCUGCCCCGCCGGCAUGUGCGGCGGCUGCCCGAGCUGACCCCCGCUGAGCGUGACGAUCUAUCCUCCAUCAUGAAGAAGCUCUUGACCAAGUAUGACAACCUAUUUGAGACAUCCUUCCCCUACUCCAUGGGCUGGCACGGGGCUCCCACAGGAUCAGAGGCUGGAGGCAACUGGGACCACUGGCAGCUACAUGCUCAUUAUUACCCUCCACUCCUGCGCUCCGCUACAGUCCGGAAGUUCAUGGUUGGCUAUGAAAUGCUUGCCCAGGCCCAGAGGGACCUCACCCCGGAGCAGGCUGCAGAGAGACUAAGGGCACUUCCUGAGGUUCAUUACCGCCUGGGGCAGAAGGACAGGGAGACAGCAGCCAUCGCCUGACCACGCUGACCACAGGGCCUUCUGCCUGCGGACCAGGGCUUAGAGUUUGGGCAGAUGUGGGAUCAAUAAAACUAUGCUUCUCAAACUUUAA